UGGAAACAACGUAGGAAUUUCUAAGUAAAAAACGUUGAUGUUAUUACAUCCCAAUGUGUCCAAUAAGAAAGAGAACACUACCCCAAUUUCUAACAUAGCAUUUUUUAAUUACUAUUAUAUGGAGCUCUUUUCUCUUUCAAGUCUCUCUCCACCUUCUUCCCUGCUGGAAAAAAGGACAGAUUCUUCAACCAAAUUAUAUUAGCUAAGCUCUUUUAUGAUUAUCAUUGAAAAUUUAGCUCAACACAAUUUUGAUAUUAUAUUUUAAUGGGGAAUUGCUUUGGAUCUCAACCUUCAACUGACCCUAAUCUCUCUAGCUCCACUAGAGCUUCCACUUCUACACCGGUGACGUCGCGUAAUUACAGCAAUGGUGGAGGUCCUUCUGCAACGAGCAGCAGUGCGGGGCUUGGGCGGUUUUCUGCUGCAGCAAGUGAUGAUACGUGUGCGUCUGGAGAAAUAUUGCCGACAUCAAAUUUGAAGAUUUUUACUUUUGUUGAUAUGAAGAUUGCCACAAAGAACUUCAAGUCUGAUAUGGUUUUGGGGGUUGGAGGCUUUGGAACUGUAUUUAAAGGUUGGGUAGAUUCAAAGACAUUUUCACCGGCUAAAGUUGGUACUGGAAUGAUGGUUGCUAUUAAGAAAUUGAACCCUGAAAGCACACAAGGGUUUGAAGAAUGGCAGUCGGAAGUCAAUUUUUUAGGAAGGCUUUCACAUCCCAACUUGGUCAAGCUCCUUGGAUACUGUUGGGAAGAUAAAGAGCUUUUACUUGUAUACGAGUUUAUGCAGAGGGGAAGCCUGGAAAACCAUCUUUUUAGAAGAAGUGUUGCAAUUGAACCCUUAUCAUGGGACAUACGACUUAAAAUAGCUAUGGGAGCUGCUCGGGGCCUAGCUUUUUUGCACACUUCAGAUAAGCAAGUCAUAUACAGAGACUUUAAGGCCUCCAACAUCCUGCUUGAUGCGAAUUAUAAUGCAAAAAUAUCAGACUUUGGCCUGGCAAAAUUAGGGCCCUCAGAGGGGAAUUCACACGUAACAACCCGAGUUAUGGGAACAUAUGGUUAUGCGGCUCCUGAAUAUGUUGCAACAGGUCAUCUCUAUGUAAAGAGUGAUGUGUAUGGAUUUGGUGUGGUGCUGCUUGAGAUGUUGACAGGCUUACGUGCACUUGAUAACAGACGAUCUAGUGGUCAGAAGAAUUUGGUUGAUUAUGCUAAACCCUUUCUCCAUCAGAAAAGGAAGCUAAUGAGCAUUAUGGAUGCACGGAUGGAAGGUCAAUAUUCUUCAAAGGCGGCAUUACAGGCAGCUCAACUCUCUUUAAGAUGCCUUGAAUCAGAACCCAGGAAGCGGCCUUCAAUGAAAGAAGUCGGAGAGACGUUGGAGCAAAUUGCAGCUAUUAAAAAGCCAAAAGAAUCCAAAAGUAAGUCCAUGCAUUCUUCAUCUCAUCGACAUCACCAUCACCAUGGAGAUAGAGUAGGAUCCGGAAGAUAAGACCAGCGGCGCCAAACUAAUAUGUUUGAUGUCACAAUUUGUAAGUUCCCACGUCAUAAUUUGUUUAACUUCAAUUUUAUUAAAAUUAUUUAGUUUUGAGAAAAGCCAGUUCCUUUGUUACGAAAAUUUACAUGAAGUGAAUGUGUUGGUGUUUACAGAAUUUGUAAUGAUUCUAAAUUUUUUGUAAACAAUAGAAUUGUUUUGAAUUCACAGUUUUUUCGGUUUUGCAGUUA